AUGCCAAACUACUCGAUUGCAACACAAAAGAUGAUUGUUGCGGCUACCAUGACACUACACAACUACGUCCGCCUCCAUGACAAAGAGGAUCUCCACUUUCUUCGGUAUGAGAGGGAUCCGGAUUAUGUUCCAACUAUUCCUAAUGCAUCGGAUGCUUCAACAACGGCAGAAAGCGGUCCUAACAUGGAUUUGUUUAGGCAUGAACUAGCUACAGCCAUUGCUCUUAGUUGGUGA